AUGUCGUCGACUGCUGUACAGUAUCGUAAUGAGAAAAAGAGAAUCGAAGAAGCCGUCGCAAAAGUUCGCGAAGUGGUUAAUUUCGCAUCCAAAAAUGAUAUUAUUCUCGCCUUACAUAAUUUCGAUUUGGAUGUCAACCGAACAAUUCAAGCAUUCUGCGAUGAUGGAGCACAGAGCGCACUGGACUCGUGGGAACGGAGUGGAUCGGGCGGUAAUAAGAAGAAAGCACAAAAGAAGAAGAAGAAGGGAUCUGCACCUGGUGCUGCUGCCGAAAAUGCUUCAACUGCAAUAAGUUCGUCGUCUUCAACUCAGCAAACAUUGCCUUCCAAACAACUGUCUUCUUCGAAUAUGAAGUCGAAUAACAACGAUAAUAUCAAUGGACACGUUGAUUUCAAUGAGAAACAUUUAGCCAAUGGUGAUGUAAAAACAAAGAACGUUCAUGCAUCAACAGCGUCGUCUGGAGUGCAUGAAGUCGAGAUAGGAUCAGUACCAUCGAUGAUGAAACAAAGUACUCCUUUAGCAAUAUCCGUCAAGCAACAAUCGAAUUUGUUAUCAUCUUCCCAAAAUGAUGGCCAAUUCGAGCAUUUAAAUGAUGACCAAAAAAACAAAGUGCUUUCAACGGAAAUCUCGAACUUGAAGAGUCACGGUGCGGAAAUUGAUAAAAUCGAAUCUGAAUUUGAGAAUGAGGUGGCAUUAGCUGAACAAAAUAUUCGUUUGGUGUUCAAGAGCAUUCGUCAACUAUUGUCGGAUCGCGAGGGUCAUUUAUUGUCUGAAAUCAAACGCACCCACGAUGAUGGUUUAGGAAUAUUGAAUGAUACGCGUUUGCAGUCGGAUAAUUUGAAUGAACGCUUAUUGUAUAUCCAAGCGAUGAACGACAACGAGAAAGAUGACUUGAAUAGCGAAAUUUUAAAUUUCAAUUUCAAUUUGCAAAAUAUCCAUCAAAUGGCGUAUGCAAGUCGUUUUGUUUACGAUAAUACGCAGAUUAUGAACCUGAUUAAGAACUUUGGACAAGUGAUUGGAGUGAAAAGAUCACUAAAUAACAGCAACACACCGUCGUCACAUGUGCAGUCAGUUCAAAAUCAAAAUGUUGCCAAUAGUAAUUUGAUAAAACACUCAACAAGUCAUUCGUCAAUUGUCAGUUCACUUGGUGAAGAUUCUGGUCUUGGUCAUAUCAGUCCAGUUGCAAAUGAUAAGCACGUAGUAGAGGUUUCAAACGGUGGUAUUCAUAUGAAGUCGGAUGCACUUUCGGCAGAUGAAUUGGCGAAUCUUAAUAAGAAAUUACAAGAAACACUCAGAGCGCAGGGCAUCGACGAGUCAGUUCUGUCCGGAAUAGGCACAACCGGAUUAAUGCCGGUUCGACGUCGUCAAGCUGGGCCUCGUGCUGGUUACAAUAAUAGCGGCGGUGCGGGAAGAGGUGGUAAUCCGAAUGCGUUACGUAGAAAACAGAUGAAUUCUGGACGCAAUAAGCCUCAACUUUCAAUUCUGCAAUCAUAA